AUGCGCUCUCCUACCUUUCUCAAGGCACUUGCAGUGGCCUCUGCAUAUGCCGUUGGCUCUGAUGCAGGAGACUGCGUCUGUCCUGUUGAUGGAGUGAUGAUGGUUGGCGUACAGGAGAUCCAAUACGUUCAGAAUGGAACUUGUACUGGGACGGAGCGUUGUGUGCCCACCACGAUCCCACCGGCUCCGAACUGCGUCCACCCAUGUACUACUACUGUGAUCACGACUGUACCCGGACCUAGCCCUACAUCUCCACCAGAUCAGAUCACUACCACGACACAGACCUGUACUGGCACAGAACGUUGUCUCCCUACCACCAUCUUUCCGCCACCAGAUUGUGUCCGCCCAUGCACCACAACCGUAAUCACUACCGUCCAUGGACCCCCAAGUUCAGUGUCGCCGCCCCCCGACACUGUCAUCACUUCAACGCAUGUCUGCACUGACAAUGAGCCAUGCGUUGCAACGACCAUCCCACCGGCACCUGAUUGCACUCACCUGUGCACGACGACAGUUGUCACUACGGUGUCUUCAUCUACGCCACCUCCUGACACUGUCGUCACGUCAGUCAGUACAUGUUCGGGUACGGAGCCUUGCGUCGCAACAACCAUCCCGCCCGCCUCCGACUGCAUCCCUCCGUGUACCACAACAGUCAUCACCCCUACUUCGCCUCCUCCUGAUACUAUUAUCACGUCAACAAGUACUUGUUCCGGUACAGGGCCCUGUGUUGCAACAACAAUUCCGCCAGCUUCCGACUGUGUGCAUCCCUGUACCACGACUGUCAUCACGCCUACCUCGCCUCCACCCAAUACUGUCAUCACGUCGACAAGCACGUGUUCUGGGACAGCGGCUUGUGUGCCAACAACUAUUCCACCAGCUUCAGACUGUACGGCCCCGUGCACGACUACGGUUAUCACCCCUGUCCCAAGUCCCACCCCGACACCGCCGACGAACGCAUGCUACUUCCCACCGGGUACUUGCGGUACAAGUGGUUUGUCUCUGGACCUCUAUGCCAACUCGGUCUCGAACACUGAGGGCUACGGUGUCAGCGACGGAACAAGCGGCGUCGGCCCGGACUAUUACCUGGGCCAGCCGUCGCUGGCUCAGGGCAGUACCGACAACCUGGCAGUACCGGGUGGAGAGAACAAUGACCAGUCUGGACCCGAUGUCGUUCUGCAGCCUAGUGGGCAAAACUUCCAGUAUCAUCCCGGUUUGACGAAAUCGUAUGGAGGAAUGACUUUCAAUGCCAACAACUUCACCAUCCUCUUCACUGGCUACUUCGUCCCGAACGUUUCCGGUACCUAUCAGUUCUGUACAUCUGCGGACAACCGAAACGAGUUGUACAUCGGAUCCGACUCAGCGUUCCCAUGUGGUGACGCGUCCAACGGCGCAACCCCGAGAGGGGCCGCUUCUUUCGACAGCUACUGGUUUGGUAGGGACAACGCGGAAAAGUGUGCCAGCGUGCAGAUGGAAGCUGGAUUCUACUAUCCUUUGCGGUCGGUCUACGGCAACUGGGGCACGCCUUCGAGCAUGCAAAUCAAUAUUCGAGGCCCCAAUGAUAACUCAGCAUCGACUGAUGUCGCGGGGAGAGUCUCUCCAAACAGCUGUGCCUUAGCCUAA